UAUUAGGGGCUUCGACGUGGCAAGACUGUACGUGAAGCGGAAGUGUAUACACUAUAAGUUUUCGGAACUUAAUUAUACAGACAUGGCUGGCUGGGCGGGUUUCUCCGACGAAGAACUCAGGAGUUUAAAGACACAAAAAGAACUACCUCAUUCUGUUGCUCGUCCUCGGAAACAGCCUUCUGCAGCUUUAAGUAGACAGCAAAUCCAAAGAAGGAAGGCCUUACAAGCACAAAAUGAAAUAUUAGUGAAGCAAGAUGGGGCCCUUUCUACCAAGUCUGUACCCUCUAGUAUUGGAGAAAGCCAAGAUAAGGUGAAAGCUGGUUCUCAGGAUCUGUGUACCAGCGGGGAUUCCCAAGAACUCGGAACAGAACAAAAUGAGGAGAUAACGAAAAAGGAGUUGGAAUUGAAACAUAAACCUGGUCUGGGUCAGCUUCAGCUGGAACAAAGAUUGAUAGAAGAGAAGAAUAAACGAAAGAGAGCUCUUCUUGCAAAAGCCAUUGCUGAGAGGUCCAAAAAAACCCAGGCAGAAGCGAUCAAACUAAAGAGGAUCCAGAAGCAGUUGCAAGCCUUGGAUGACCUGGUCUCAACAGACAUUGGCAUUUUACGUAACCGGAUUGAUCAGGCAUGUGUGGAGUUUUCACACGCCAAGAAACGGUUUGAUAAAGCGGAGUCUGAGUACAUAUCAGCCAAGCUAGAUCUACACAAGAAGACUGAGAUUAAGGAACAGUUGACAGAACAUCUAUGUACCAUCAUACAGGAGAAUGAAAUUCGUAAAGCUAAGAAGUUAGAGGAACUUAUGCAGCAGCUAGAAGUUGAAACUGAUGAGGAACAACUGGAAUUGGAGAUUGAGGUGGAGCGACUGUUGCAACAUCAAGAGGCUGAGCCACAAACGCAGUUACUAGCACCUCAAGAGGAAAAAAGCCGAAAUCAUGAAGAAAAUAUUCAGACCUCCAGCGAAAAAGAUACAAGUAAAGACAACAUUUUUACACAAUCUGAACACUGUAAAUCUAUUGACCAGAAGCAUAAUGUACAAGAGAAUAAGUCUGCUCCAGGUGGACAAGUUACAAUUACUUGAAAAUCCAGACUACCUUGUUUUUAAAUAUGUGAAGUUUAAUUUUUUUAUUUCUGAAAAUAAAACUGACUUUCUCAAUCGUAUAUAACACUACAAAGUAGUAGUUGUGUAUGAUGUAUGCAACUGCUGUUUUGAUCCUUACUAAUUAUAAUAUGCACUUUUACAUUUGGAAAUAAAGGUAUGAUUUAUAGUGG